AUGUUUUAUUUUAAAUCGCCAACCGAAGGAAUUAUCAUCAGUGCAACGAAUAUUAUUCUGUGGUAUGUCGCAAUGACGUGGCUGAACCAUGGAAUGGUCAUUGCCACACAAGGUGGGUAGGUCAAAGAGCUGAUAUAAGUGUCGGUGGUACAAAGAUAUAAUUGUACAGAGAGUAAAAACUUUAUGCUGUCCCCUGGUUAAUAUUUAAACCGAAAUAUUAUGCUGGCUUGGGUAUUUCAAUAGGGGGUGCAUCAUAUUAAACAUUCUGGGAACGCUCUUGGAGAUCUAUCUGUUCCUCGUGGUUUAUGACGGACUCAACAAAACCGACAGAAUCAGUUAAUCGUCUCCUUCUUCUCUUUACCCACUCCCCCACCCUUGACCAUAAGAUGCGGAUGUUUGCUCUCAUCUUUGCUGGGUAGGGCCUCGUUCUAUUUGUCUGUAAUUUAUGCUGAAUUGAAACUAUUGUGAAAGCGGCUGUGUGGCCAGUUACAUAGCAGACCGCUAUGUAAAAAAAAAAAAAAAAAAAAAAAAAAAAUUGAGUUUGUUGAUUCAUUGUCAAACACUGUUUGCAGCAAACAGAGCAAGCCGCAAACAAUAUAGUCUUUUUUGUUGUGGUACAUUAUAACUGACAAUGAAUGAGGUUGAGUAUCAUCUGGAGAAUUAUGGAGAUCGAGGAGGGUGUUAUCUCCGACCGAGGCGAAUAACAGCCUCCGAGAUCUCCAUAAUUCUUCAGAUGAUACGAAAGCCGAUUUCAAUAAUUGUGUUAUUAUUCAUUCAAAAUAAUUCCUAGUUUAAAAACAAGCUAAAACAUGUUUACCUCCAUCAAUGUUGAGUGCAUCUUCGAUAGUGCAUCUUUAUUGCCAAGUUUAGGAGAUAAAGGAUUGUUCAGUUCUGCAAAUAUUCUCCAAGUAGGAGAUGUCGCCCGUCGAGUUAUCUUCUUGCUGUUAUUGCUAUGCUUUUAGCCAAUAGUUCGCCUAUUUCUUCCUCGUGAAACGAAUGAAAUGUUCCGCCAUUUUGUACUCACUACAAAAACAACUCAACCUCGUCCCAGGUCUUCUCGGUUAACUGUUCAAUAAUCUAGCAAUUUUGCUGCACAGCUGACGUCAUUUUUCACACAUUGCAAAAAUUCUUCCAAAUUUGGUCGACAAUAGCUGGUGAUUAUGAAUUAUGCGUGGGAUUUUAGCAAAUCACCUUCGAUAAAGAGGCCUUUUUGCGAGAUUGAAAUUUCUUUAUUGACCAACAUAUAUACAAAAUGCAUACGUUUUUCUAAAAUAAGAUAUUAAUAAGAUAGUACGCGAGCUUUAUUAAAAUUAGCCGAAAAGGUGUGUUUGCAUGAGAGUAUGUAAACAUGGAUUUGACGUCAAGAUGUUUUGAUUUUCGCUCGCUAAUUACGCAAGCACGAAUUUGAAAAAGUUUUUGAAUUGAAAACUCGACAAGUUCGUUCCCUCGUCUGCUCAAACUUGGAAAAUUUUAAACAUGCUGUGUCAAUUUUUUUCGCUUAAGAAAAAUCCGUAUUUUGGAAAGCAUCAUUUUUGCAAAACAAGAACUGAUUACGCGAGCAAGAUUUCCUGUACAAGACUUCGCGACUGGCCGCGCCCGCUGUAAUUGGCCACAGCUGUUGCGGUCUCACCGCCUGCCAACGUUCUUUCUGUUUGUUUGUUUGUUUUUGGCGAAAAUAAUAAAAUAAGAAUUUCUCCUUUUAUCAGUGCCAUAACAAACAUUUUUUUUCUCGGGAAAGUUAAUUUAUAAAAGCAGUAGAAAUUUUUUUCCUGUAUUUGCAUAGCCUGAUAUGAACAGUCAUACAUUUACAUUUUAAAAAUAUUGGACUUGAAACAUUAUAAAUUUUAGUUGCUACACUGCAGAGAAAAAUACUAAGCUGUCUUCUCUGGUAGAGCCUUGUUUAUAAGCUUAUUGAACUGGCUAUUAUUUUAAUAAAACAACUACUUUCCGUUUUUUUUUGUUUAACUUUUUUUAAUGGAAACCUCCGAAUCAGCUCUCAAAAUCUAAAACUCAAAUAGAAUUUGCACGAUUGAACGAGAAUUUUUAGGGAUGAUCGAUUCUUCAAUGUGUAAGGAACAAACACAUGUCAGGGAUUUCUUUGUGUCUUUAAAAUUUUUUACCUAGGCGCAUAUAAUUUAAUGAUCGUCCGACUUCUUUAACCCUAUUUCCAACUUGUUCUGUAAAUAUUCCUUGCAAUCGAAAAUAACAAAGUCCCGGCACGUUAUUUUAACGUCAACUGAUCCAGUUUCGAAUUCGUCAAGGCCGAUGAAUAGAAGCACUGAAGACUCAUUCAUACAGGGUUAGCCUCGACCUAAAGUAACAUAUUCACAAAUACCGGCGAGAAAAUGGCUAAAUUUGAGUUUAAAACAAUAGACACAGCUGUACACAGGUCUUCUUCUGGCUGGAAUUUGUAAAUAUGAUUACUGUAACGAGAGGAAAUUUCACUGUGUCAAGCGGCUUUUCGGCCUGUCAAACCAAAUUGGCGGGAAAGUCGAAUUAGAAAAACAACGGAACUAAAGCUCUUCGCGAGGGCGCGAGAAUUAGCAAAUAGUGAUCUGCUAAUGGAAGUUAUUGACGGGGGAAACUGCAAUUCGGUAGAGCGACUGACUCGCUGCUGGCACUGGUUACUACUGCCAGAGGUACAGGGUUUAAUUUCCACGUCUCAAGGUACGAAGGUUGGACAAGAACUGAGACUUUUCUGUAAUGCUGCAACUUCUUUAUUGUAGAGUAAACCUCGUAGAAAGUACUUCACAUGUAAUCGUAGGUAAUCGUGCAGGUAAUCGCAGGCUAGGUAAUUGCAGGUUAGGUAAUCGAUUUACAACAGUUUAAGCACUACUCUUAUACAGUCUACAGUAAACACAGGCGUUCGAUUAUCACAAAGAACACAAAAACCUAUUCAAAAGUACACGUUCUAGCUGACCAACGCGUUACAAUUCGAUUGGUUAAAAGUCUUUUCCUUUAUGCUGAAAAUACAAUACUUCCUAUUUCGGUUCCUGGACUUUUAGAAAAACACAUGUUGUAAAUCAAGCUGAAUGAAUAGAGCAUAACAGUUGUUCUUUUGAAUUGUAAAAUAGUCGUCGUCUAACAAAGAGACACGUACAGAAGUACGCGUGUUCUAUUGAAAUUACAUGUCAGAUGUUCCAAUAUUUGUGCACAUGUCACCACAGGCGGCCCAGACGUAGUAUGUGUCUAAUGAAUAUAUUAAUAUUCACAUGGACAAAAUAGGAUGAGUCGUUGAAACUCCUAUGAACUAAAAUAGUCCAAAAGUCAAAAUAUAACAAAACAAAGUUAAGAUACCUUUAACUGAACGUAUCCUUGUCUUUCCUGGCCGGUUAAAGUGGCAUUUUGUUGAGUUUUGCAACUUUAGGUACUAUCCACUAAAGAAGAAUUAAAGGCUGGCUACAAAACAAACGGACCAUCUCCACGCGCCUUCACGCGAAGCGCUAUAAAUUUGAGAAUAAUCGACGAAUCCGCUUCAAAUUGCCAUCGGCUAAUCUGCAGGUAACGUGUGCUUCUUCUUCUUGCUCGCUAGCUCCACAAAACCCAUCGCUACUGCACAAUAAUCGCUCGCUCAUCAACAAACACUGUUGACCUUUAAGCUUCGAUAUGACCGCAAACUACCAGGUUUAAUACGCGACGUGAAUGUUCAAGCUUAGCGACCGCGUCCGCGCAACAAUGCAGCACUUGCUAUGGGAGGGAUGGUACUAUUGCUUCUAGGUCAAUCAAUCGGGAAAAUAAUAUUGAAGCCCUCUUAAUUUUCAAAAAGAUCCAAUUUGCCCUAGGAUCACCGAACAGAUAAAAAUUUUAUAGCGGAGUUGAGCGGAGCUAAAAAAAAAUGAGCGGCAGUGGAAAAAGUGAACAAGAACAUGUACCACAAGUGAAAACCAGGAAGUUUUCUGGACGUUUCACGUUGCAGUCAUGCUAAUCAACGGCAAGGAAAUGUACAAGAAAGUGUGGUGCAAUUAGACCUAUUGUUCAGUGUUUUUCACAGUUCUGGUCAAGGGCAUCCAAUGACUAUUUUCUGUAAAAUAUCUUUUCGGAGAAGCAAAUAUUGCCUAAGAGCUUCUAUUACUUGAGGAAGGCUAAAAAUUUUUAGGUGACUGCUCCAUUCGUGUACAAUUGUCGAAGCUUUCCUAACAAAUUCCCGACGAUUUUCUGAAGUUUAAUUUUUCACAUUUCAUUCCCCAGGUUUGGCUAUUUUUCGUAGAAAAAGGAAACCUAAAAUUUUCGGACUCAAAAAUGUGAUGAAGGGAGGAAGUAGAAAAAUUGUCGCUUUCGUAAAACGUUAAAUUACAUCUAAAAUUUUCUGGAAAGUAAUACUGAAGCCCUAAUAAUUUCGAAAAGUCUUCGGUUGUCCUAGGAUGACAGAACAGAUGCAAAAUUUCUAGCGCCGUUGAGAAUGCAUUUCUAGAGAUCUAAAAGUACUCUGGAUAGCCGAAGAAGUAUUUUCAGGGUAUUUAGGGAGAAACCGUCGUUGGGUGCCCCGGAGUUUUGAAAAUAAUAAUAAUAAUAAUAAUAAUAAUAAUAAUAAUAAUAAUAAAAGAUAUCACGCACAUAAAUUUUUCUUUACCAUAUCUUCAGCUGUAUCUUCUAUUCAGCUGCAUAGCCGAGGCUAGAUUUUGCCUUUUUCCUGGGCGGAAAAUCCUCGUCCUCCCUCACCAGUUUGGACAACAUAUUGUUGAGUAAGACGUAGUUCUGGAAAGAACUGUUUAUUUAAUUAAUCUAAGCAAAUAGGUCUAGUAGAGUCAAGAACCUAUGCAAGCGGCUGGACGAAUAAUGUGACAGCAGCUGUGACAGCGAACGUCAGAAGAAUUCGAACUUGAAAACCAGGGCCGCCCUGUUGAAAACUUACGGACGGUCGCGCGAUCGCCUUUGUUUUCUGGCCAAAACUAACGCAGCGGACCCUCGCUCAGUGUCGAUUGACCUAGAAGCAAUAGUACCAUCCCUCCCAUAGCAAGUGCUGCAUUGUCGCGUGGACGCGGUCGCUAAGCUUGAACAUUCACGUCGCGUAUUAAACCUGGUAGUUUGCGGUCAUAUCGAAGCUUAAAGGUCAACAGUGUUUGUUGAUGAGCGAGCGAUUAUUGUGCAGUAGCGAUGGGUUUUGUGGAGCUAGCGAGCAAGAAGAAGAAGCACACGUUACCUGCAGAUUAGCCGAUGGCAAUUUGAAGCGGAUUCGUCGAUUAUUCUCAAAUUUAUAGCGCUUCGCGUGAAGGCGCGUGGAGAUGGUCCGUUUGUUUUGUAGCCAGCCUUUAAUUCUUCUUUAGUGGAUAGUACCUAAAGUUGCAAAACUCAACAAAAUGCCACUUUAACCGGCCAGGAAAGACAAGGAUACGUUCAGUUAAAGGUAUCUCAACUUUGUUUUGUUAUAUUUUGACUUUUGGACUAUUUUAGUUCAUGGGAGUUUCAACGACUCAUCCUAUUUUUUCCAUGUGAAUAUUAAUAUAUUCAUUAGACACAUACUAUGUCUGGGCCGCCUGUGAUUUCAGCUGCGGAGUUUUGAAAGACACAGAAGAGCUAAAACUAGAUUUGCUGAGUAGUGUAGAAUUGCUACAAUAACGCUCUGGUGAAACUGAGUUCCGUUCUAGAGAUAACAUUGAAAUGUCGGCUGUGACAUUACUUUAGGUCGAGGCUAACCUUGUAUAAAUGACUCUUCAGUGCUUGUCUAUCCAGCGACCGCGACGAAUUCGAAACUGGACUUUUGGUUUAUUCAUAGCCAGCAAAGAGACCAGUAGGAGAGGACCUGGGAACGAGGUUGGAUAACCACUCAAAUGAUCUUUAAUUUGAUGUAGGGUUUCAGGUAUCUGCAGUUUAACCGGAACGCACCACAUUACUCGCACGAAACACACGCCUGAAGGUAUCCAGUAGCCCUAAGUUGGUGAUAUCUUUCCUCUGACAGGUUGUGGUGCAGUGGUAAACGAUACAUUGAGAAGCCCUGGUUUUCCAAAUGUCUACCCACCCGAUGUGGAUUGUGUGUACAGGGUUUCUAUUCCGCAAGGCAUGGCGCUGAAAAUCACCUUUGAUUACUUUGAUUUAGAGAGCAGUUGGGGAAUAUGGUAGGCAUUAGACUGAUAAACACAAGUUAUGCGCUGAGAGAAACCCUUAACCUGAAAACCUAAACCUGUCGAUCUGUUGAUAACUUUAUUUUCUCUUUUUGGAAUCGUCAAGCUCUAAUCACAUCUAAGAAAAUCUUCUUUCGACCUCGUGUUUUUAGGAUUAAUACUGAUAUGAAUGAUAUCAUCGUAGCUAAAAAUCAAUGCAGAAAAGCAGAGAGAAAAUGGAGAAUUCUCAGAUGUCAGUCUGACCUCAUUCUGUGAAAAAGAAGGAGAAACUAUGUGCGCUUUCUUAAAAACAACAAAGCUCGGCAAGACCUAUUAUAAUGAUCUCAAUACUAGCAAAGUAAUGAUCUCAAACAUCUAUUGAAAGUAAGCAAGAAUCUCUUGAAGACUACCAGCACACCCGUUUUGCCACCGCAUAAGGAUAAACGAGAUUAGUGCCUUUCUCAUAAGAAAAAUUGCCAUUACCCGCCCCUAUCUUGAUAAUCAUUUACCACAAGCCUGGAGAGGUGGCUCCAGUGCAUCCAAAAUUGAUGUGCCAAUUUCCAAGUUUAAUUUAGGUGCGCGACUUGAUCCGUGAAUCCAGGUAGAACACGUCUUCCGUAGCUACAUGCAGACCCGAUUCCUUCAAAAUUAGUCAUUGAUUACCUGGAUAUUCUUUUACCCUAAGUAACCAGACUCAUCAGCUAUUCUUUGGAGCAUGGUGCCUUUCCAUCGUUGUGGAAAUAUUUCCCGUUCUUUACAUACAUAUCCGAUACAUAUUUCAUUCAAAGUAACAUGAGAACAAAAAUACAAAAGUAGCACCCUGAAAAGGAAGUUAAAGAGGUUGACCCCAUAUUAAAUAAGAGUCUAAAAGGGAGAAAAGUUUUAAAGAAAAGAGAGAAUUAUGAGAUACAGAUAUACGAUUUAAGAGAAGCUUUCUUGCCCUUUUCUGGCAUGGAGCCUGUAUUUUAAAACUAUCACCGUCGGAAACUUAAAAUUUGUUCCCAACUCACACCAAUGUGCGGAAGACAAAUAGCUACAACAUCACAUUAACCAUAAUUCUUAUUCCUCAAGCUACACUCUCAUUAUCGUACGUUGCAUAGCACGCGCGGACAUCGCUUUCCCGAAAGUAAAAAAAAAAUGAGGGGUAAAAUGGGGUAAAAUGAGCACAUCGUCGCCCUCAGGUUUGUUAGUCAGAUGACUAUUUCAAGCUACCGACGUAAAAUUAGGACUCUUUAAGAAAAGGGUAAGACAGGCUUUGGGAGGCUUAGGCCCAUAUUUCGAAUUUAGGAUACGGCACGGCGCUGGUUUGCCUCCUAUUUAGGCGGCAGCACUCAGAAAGUUCAAUUGACAGCCCACUCUUCACAGAGAUCAGGUAUCAGAGUGUAGAUCAGUAGAACGAAAAUGUACUUCUUAAAAAAACUCAUCAAAUCACUAUUGACGCGGGUAAGGGCCAGGAUCUGAGAAACGAAGAUUUCAAUAUAAUCCUUCGGUAAUUUAGUUACUCAUGUAAAAAUCUUAAGGUAAAUUAUAAGUUUGAUAAACUAGAGUUAAGAUAUGACACUCCUUGCAGCUACGAUUAUCUGGAGAUUGCAAAUGAAAACAACGUGACAGUUGAUAUAUACUGUGGCUGGGAGUCUGGUAGAGGUAUUGAUGUAGGAGGAACCGAAGCAAUUUUGACCUUCCGAUCCGAUGAUUAUAAUGGACGCGAAAGAGGAUUUUUUCUGUCCUUCACAGCGGUACAACCUUGUAAGUGUAACAAGAGCCUUUUUAAAACUCUCAUGUUGAAUAGGGCAUAAAGUACAGUUGGCUGCACCUUAGUUUCAGGCAAAGGUUAGCAUUGUUGACAAGGUCUUUUUCCUACUGAAAGCCCAUAUGGCCUACCUUUUUACUUUCGUUCCUCUUAAGUUUUGUAGAGGAGUGGACACAUCGUUGGUGGGGUGUUUUAAAUUUCGGUUUAGGAUGUCAAAUAAAAAGAGUAAAUUUAUUUAAAGGCCUAUGCAUGUUUUUCUAUGCAAUUGUGAAACUGAAUUGCAACUUUUUCAUGGUCUUGUUUUCUAUUUCAUUAUCUUUUGCCUUUUACAGCCCUGCCAAACAUUACUAUGCCAAUUCCAGGCACCGUUUUGCGGGCAUUCUCAGGUCGCUUAAUAAGCGUGUGUGCAGCGACUGGUACCCCUCCCGUAUUCACGGCAGUAGUAUGGAACGCUACCGUUCUGGCUAAUAAAACCAACACUGUGGACGCCCGAUUGUAUGAAGAGGGAAACUACUAUUGCGUAGCAACUAACAACUACGGAACGGACAGAAGAGUUAUUCCUGUUGUUAUCAUCGGUGAGGACUUGAGCUGCAAGAAGAAAAUCUAUUUCUUCCCACCUCAACUACUCAAACGGAGUAUUUUUAGCGAUCGACGGAGAUGAAACAGCCGCGAAAGCUGCACCCAGGACCUUCAACCGCUUCUAGAAGAAAUCUUGCGUUAACAUUUACAAUAUAUGAAAAAAAGGGAAUGAAUUUUUUGCCCUGAAUUGAUUAACUUUUUGUUCAAGUAAAAGUAAGAACUCCUAUCCUUAAUCGAAUCAUUAACUGAACAAGUGACUUCUAAUAAAACUGUUCUCAUGCUUCAUAUCUCAGUGCAUGUAAGGAUUUACAAAUAAAUAAGAAUAAUCCGAGGUGGUUCUGAGCUGGAACAUCCCAAAUCUCACCCAGCAGGUUACCGGCAGUUGCUUUUCUGCGUUUAAUGUCCUGAAAUGUCGACUGAUGUGGUUCGCAAAAUCAUUUUCGUUUUGCUCUAGGGUUGCAAGGAAGGGCUAUUGCUAGUAUAGACCCCUCUUACCUAGUUAAAAUUCCGUAAAAAUAUCUGCAUUCAAUUACCAAUGAGUACCUCAAUCUACACAUUUGUUACAAAUGUAGCAUUGAAAUCCAAGUUUUUUCUUCUUUUGCAGGUUGUGGCUCUGUUAUUAACAAUACUCUGAAAAGUCCCUAUUAUCCAAUGGACUAUCCUAGCAGUAUUGACUGUGUUUACAAGGUUUCUAUUCCAGGAGGCAUGGCCUUGAAAAUUGUCUUUCAAGAUUUUUUUCUACAGAAUCCUGGGAAUAGAGAAUGGUAAAUACAUGUAGAGUGAUCUUGAAAUUCCGCUUAAAGGCUUGCCUAUGCACAAAGAACUUUUAUUCCUCUUACACGUUCACCUGGUAAUAAGUUCACCUCCCUCUUGCACCAUUCCCUUCUUGUCUUCACUUUUGGAGCCAUAAGUCUUACUGUAGUUUUCGUUUUGUUGAUGCUCGAGUUAGAUAAUAUCCUAUAUACACCUGUAUCAUAUUAUAUCAUUUCACAUAUCAAUUCAUGUCUUAGAUUUAAAAAAAAAUGAAAAAAAUCCUUUGAAAGUAGGGCUUAAGAAGCCAGCGAAUUAAACUUUAGAAAAUGUGAAAAUUCUUGCAGCUUCGAUUAUCUGGAGAUUGCAGAUGAACAGGCUGUGGGAAUUGGCAAAUACUGUGGCUGGCAUUCCGGUAAGGAAACCAGUGUAGGUGGAAACAAAGCGAUACUGACGUUCCAUUCUGAUGAUUAUUUUGAAGCGAGAGGAUUUCUUCUGUCCUUUACACCGGUUCAACCUUGUAAGUGUAUUAGACAGGGCAUAAAAUAUUCCAUAAAAAAUAAAAAAGGCCAAAAGUUAAUAAUAAUAUAAAAUAUAAUACAAUAAAGUAUCUAAGAAAAAUACACUUGGCUGCUGCUUUACCCUGACAUGUUUGCGUUGAGAGUCUUUUUUGUACUUUAAGCCCACGUGGCCUUUUCUUGCUUUCUUUCUCUUAUGUGGAAAAGGACUUAUCGUUGCCCCUUGGAAGGUGUUUUGAGUUUAGGAGCCGGGAGGAUCUUAUAGAGACUUAGAGAUCUUAGAGUAUGCAAGUUGCAGUGAGCAAUUGUAGUUUGAAACAAAUUGAUUUUUUAUUGAUUUUUUUGUCAUUUAUUUUUUGGCUUUUUUAGCCCUGCCAAGCAUAACUUUGCCAAUUCCAGGCACAGUUGUGCGCACAGCCGCAGGUCACUGGAUGAGAAUUUGCGAAGCCACAGGAACUCCUCCGGUAUACACAGCAAUAGUGUGGAACUCUACAGUUCUUUUCAAUAGAAGUAACUCCGUAUACACAAGAUUUUAUGAGGAUGGAAACUACUAUUGCGUAGCCACCAACAACUAUGGAACAGACACAAGAGUUAUUCCUGUGGUUAUCAUAGGUAAGAACUUCGGCUAUUAGUAUUUAUUCCGUGCUAUCAGAAGAGGAGAAAAAUAGCUAACUUCAUGCCGUCAUUUUCGCCCACUUCGUUGCUAUAUUAACAAAUUUACAUGGAUUAAAUAGGGAAUAGUACGGGAAGAGUGCACGCAUUUAGGCAUCCUGCUAAUGAAAAGUUACAACUUAUAAACUUUUUCGGUGCACCAAAUUGCCGUCUGUCUUCUUUACUACGCUUCCAGAUACUACUUUACAUCGUUAUGUUGAAGUGCCUGCAAUAUUGAUAUUCCAGUAAUUGUCCGAUGAGUGUGCUUGCCCUUAGGCCAUACGAAACAGAGCUGUAGCAAAAAAACGAUGUAUAGCCUGUGAAGCCUGGAAAGAAAAGAAAUGAAAUGCAAUGAAAUGAAAACUCUACAGCUAACAGGGGACACACAGACUAUAUACAUUUAUAAUAAGUACCGCUUAUAAAAGAAAUAUUAAAAAAGACUAUGUACGUUCUUUAUAUCUUCCUAGCACUAAAAUUAUUAAGACCUAUCACAAACACAAUACUUUUCUACAGUCGAAGUAUAUUUCCAUUAAUCAUGAUAUCCUAGUUACUAUAGUUUUCCUCGAUAGGGUGUGGCUCGGUUAUUAACAACACAUUGAAAAGUCCCAAUUAUCCAAUGGAUUACCCAGGCAAUAUGGACUGUGUUUACAGGGUUUCUAUUCGACAAGACAUGGCACUUAAAAUCAUCUUUGAGGAUUUUCUUCUAGAGAAUCCUUCGCCUCAAGAUGGCUGGUAAAUAUAAAAACGUAUAUAAAAAUUCAAUUUUGCUGACAGAGGCUUGGAAAAAUUGUUAGUCAGUUGUUGAUCAAUCACUGAAAAUAAAAGCAUUCAGACUCUAGCACGCUUGGACCUUUACUUUUGCAAGUUACACUCAAUUGUAGUUUACCGACAUCAUGAUUUUCCAGGAAAUCUCUCCUGUGUGUGUGUGAGUGUAUGUGUGUGUAUGUGUGUGUGUGUGUGUGUGUGUGUGUGUGUGUGUGUGUGUGUGGGGGGGAUGGGGGAGGUGGAACCACACGGCUCCUUGAAAAUUCGUUAAACAGGCAAGGCUCAAUGGCAGAUGUUGAAAUCUUAUUGGCCAGGAUUAUUGCUAGUUUUCCGAUAUUGACAAUAGCUCAGUGGGUUGAAACUGGAUUUAAAGAAACCUGCAUUUGCUCUCCUGAAAACGCCAGGAAACUUACGCCCGCUUUGUAGCCUACUUUAAAUGUAUUCCAUAAAAAUUGUGUUAUUUUCUUUUCUUUUAAGCUACGACUAUUUACGGAUUACAGAUGAGAACUCCAAUGAAAUUGGGAAGUACUGUGCACUGCUCACAGGAAGCGAAGUAUUUGUAGGUGGGAAGCAAGCAGUGUUAAGAUUUCAUUCGGAUCGUUCUCGCCAAAGAAGAGGAUAUGUACUCAUGUUUACUGCCGUUAUGCCAAGUACGUAACCAUAAUGCACGAUGUAGUUCAUCUAGGCCCAUGCAAACAUCGACCGAACUUCACGUGUGACGAACUAGAUGGUAAUAAGCAAAAACUUUCUCGUUAUUACAGGGUUCGUCGCAUGUGAAGUUCGACGUUUGACCGUGGCCUUAGAAUCGGAUCACUCUGAAACCAAAUCCCGAGUGGGCGCUCACUGGCACCUAAAAGGUCAGGCCGUAAACAUGGCUCGCUUUAAUAUUGUGCACUGCCGGUCAUUUAUGCCACAUUGGAACUCCUGCACUUCAUUUGCUGUGACCUAACGGAUUUAAUGCUUGUUGAUAAUGAUACUCUUGUUGAGUUAGAAUCUGCUUUAACGAACUUAAAAAACAAGCUUCUAAUUAACCAUUCUUCUGCAUAGCCCCGCCCAAGAUAAUUCUGGCAGACCAUGGUCCUGUUGUUCGCGCAUUUGCUGGUGCUCACUUUUGGAUAUCAGCGACUGGAACUCCUCCCAUAUUUAUUACUUUGAUAAAGGACUCAACGAUACUUGAAACAAAGACCCAGGACUUAGAAUUUGUAUUGCUUGAUGAAGGAAACUACAGCUGUCUAGCGGUUAAUAAUUAUGGAGAUCUCACGAAAGUUGAUUUCCGGGUCGUUUUUAUUGGUAGGUAUUAGCUCUGACACCCGAGUAUAUGUAGUUACUUUGAAUUCUCUUUUUUCACUGACUUGAUUAACUCAGCCAGCCACUAAUCUUAAUAAUGAACGUUUGGCAGCCGUGGUCACGAUGUAUUCGCCGUUAUAAGAUCUCUUUUCUCCCCUAUCACAAGCAGUUGCUGUUGUAGACACAACUGGAAUGACAACAUUAGUUCGGUAAAAACGGUUAUAAAAUAAUAAUAAAGAAAACAUUUAUUUUUUCAAUUUUCAACAGUUUUUCUGGUUAGAUUGCAGGGCAUACUGUAGUUCGUCAUGGACCGAAUCUUAUGGGAAUAUGUUUAAGUGCAAGAAUAUAACUUCACUCACUUACGUUCUAAAGAAAUGUGCUCCAACGACCGCCCAAGUUAUGUAAGUUAUUUCACAUCAAAAUAAUGUUGCUUUCCUUUUGUCUUCUCGUAAAUUACAAGAAUUCCCAUUUCCGAAUUGCAAGCAGGCGUGCACAAAUUAAAGCAAUAGCACCUAUAUGGCGCAAAUUCAAUCUCAACCACACACUUGAGUUCUGUCUGUCAACAUGAACCGGAAAUUUAAAGCCUUCCUGAGCACCGAUGAAACAAACAAUAACCACAGCUUGGUUUUUCAUACUACUAUAAUUCUGGUGCGGCGUUAGAGGAAAAUCUGUGAGACAAGUCGAUCGAGAAGUUAGGCGAUAUGGUGCUGAAACAGAAAUUGCUGGAAAACAAAAAUCAUCAUCUUAGCUUAGUGAGAUUCUCCAUAAAGCAUGAGCUUCAAAGGCGUCCCAACAACGAUGCAUUGCAUGACGAUGGAAGAAGUGUUAUAAACGCCAUCGGAGGAGAGGAAAAAGAGAAGGAAAAGGUAGUUGAUUAGUAAGAGAAGACCUGUUUUCAUUUGUAAGAAAGGAAAAUCAUUCUCCGUCGGAAAGGGUUAAAAGACAACUAACAAAAAACGGAGGGCCGGCAACGGCAAAAAGGAACUGGAAGAUGGACAAACCAAGCGGACGGUUACUCGGGGGAGGACGAAAUAGCAUACCAGUUGCUAGGAAAGUGAUCCAGCAUUUACCUUUGCUUUUGUGAUGGAGGCGCACAAGAAGGCGUGUAUGGCGAUUCCACAAUGAAUGUGAGUACCGAUGGUAUUGUUCAGGAAGAGUUGAUUGAUUCCGAGAUCAGCGCGUUAAUUGAUAGGACAGAAAGAUUU